AUGAACGCACCAGUUCUUGUUCUUAAUACUAAUACUAAAAGAGAGAAUGGUCGUAAAGCACAGUUAGCAAAUAUAAUGGCAGGAAAAACAGUUGCUGAUUUAAUUCGAACAUGUCUUGGACCUAAAUCAAUGUUAAAAAUGUUAAUUGAUCCACAAGCAGGAGUUACUAUUACAUCAGAUGGAAAUUCUGUAUUAAGAGAUCUUACAGUAGAACAUCCAGCAGCAAAAUAUAUGAUUGAAUUAUCAAGAACACAAGAUGAGACUGUUGGAGAUGGAACUACAUCAGUAGUUAUUCUUUGUGGAGAAGUAUUACAAGUAGCAGAGCCAUGGAUUCAAAAAGGAAUUCAUCCAACAAUUAUUAUUUCAGGAUUUCUUGAUGCACUUGAAGAUGCAUUAGAAUCAUUACAUGAAAUAUCAACUACAAUAGAUUUAAGUAAUCCUAAAGUUGUUUCAGGAGUUGUUAGAAGUUGUAUUGGAACAACAUUUAUGAAUACAUGGAAUGAUAUAUUAUGUAAAUUAGCUAUUGAAGCAGUUACCAUAUGUGCAGGAGGAGAUUUAAUGAAAGCCAAAGGAAAAGAAGAUAUUGAUACUAAAAGAUAUGCUCGUGUAGAAAAAAUUGCAGGAGGAGAAUUUAGUGAGUCAAUGGUUGUUAAAGGAGUUGUAUUAAAUAAAGAUGUUGUUCAUUCUAAAAUGAGAAGAAGAAUUGAUAAACCAAGAGUUGUUUUAUUAGAUUGUUCAUUAGAAUAUACUAAAGGAGAAAGUCAAACAGAUGUUGAAGUUACAACAGCAACAGACUUUGGUAAAUUAAUAGAAUUAGAAGAACAAUAUGUGAAGAGAUUAUGUGAAAAUAUUAUUCGAGUUAAACCUGAUUUAGUUAUUACAGAAAAAGGUAUUUCAGAUAUUGCACAACAUUAUCUUCAAAAAGCAGGAAUAUCUGCAUUAAGAAGAGUACGUAAAAAUGAUAAUUUAAGACUUGCACGAGCAACAGGAGCAAGUAUUGUUUAUAGAACAGAAGAUCUUAAAGAAACCGAUGUUGGAGUUGCAGGUCUCUUUGAAGUCAAGAAAAUAGGAGAUGAAUAUUAUGCAUUUAUUUCCGAAUGUGAAAAAUCAACAGCUUGUACUAUUUUAUUACGUGGUGGCAGUAAAGAUGUUUUAAAUGAAGUUGAAAGAAAUUUACAAGAUGCAAUGGCAUCAUGUAAAAACUUAAUUGCUAGACCUGAAUUAGUUCCAGGAGGUGGAGCAUCAGAAAUGCAUAUUGCUACUACAUUGUCUAAGAAAGCAAAGAAUAUUGAAGGUAAGAAACAAUGGCCAUAUUCAUCUAUUGCUGUUGCUAUGGAAGUUAUUCCACGAACAUUAGCAGCUAAUUGUGGAGUUGAUGUAGUUAAAGUCAUAACUGAAUUAAGAGCAAAACAUCUUAGUAAUAAAGAGAAUUCAACAUUUGGUAUUGAUGGAAUGAAAGGAACUAUUGUUGAUAUGAAAGAAUUAGGAGUAUGGGAACCAUAUGAAGUUAAAGCUCAAUGUAUCAAAACUGCUAUUGAAGCUGCAUGUACGUUAUUAAGAGUUGAUGAUGUAGUCAGUGGAAUUAAGAAUGAAAAUGCAGGACAACAAAGCCAAGCUGGUACACAACAAGCUGCAAUGAUGCCACAAGUUGAGUAA